GCCUGCCCGGCUGCAACUGCAAUCCGCAAUCCUUGCAGAGUUCUAGUUGUCGACAUAGAUUCCCCACCCGUUCUCUAAUUUCGAGCUGCUUGCCCACGGUUUCCAGAAUUCCAGUCACUUCGCUUCAAAUCUUCACCUCUCUGUUAUCUCCGACCGAACUCUCUCUUCGGCGUCAUCACCGGAAAAGUAGCCUUACUUGACUGUUGAUCUCGCGCACAGGGAUCAGAAACUGAGAUAUGGUGAUAGUUGUAUUGACAUUGGUUUUGGGCGUCUUAUUGGGAGUAUUUCUUUUGACUCCACGAGUGCGUAAGCCCGGUAAUGCUAAAGUUGCUAAGGCAGUUCUUAACAAUAAGGCAUCCAAACUUUAUACAAGGGCUGAAGUAUCAUUACAUAACAAGAAGACUGAUUGUUGGAUCAUUGUAAAGAAUAAGGUGUAUGAUGUUACUUCAUACGUUGAAGAGCAUCCUGGUGGAGAUGCAAUUCUUGCACAUGCUGGAGAUGAUUCAACUGAAGGGUUUUAUGGGCCACAACAUGCUACCAGGGUCUUUGACAUGGUUGAUGAAUUCUACAUUGGGGAAUUGGAAAAUUAAUUGCUAACUGUCAGUGGCUUGUAAAACUAUAGAGAACAGAACUGUAUUGUGAGAAACUUUUUCUAUUGUUUCGUGUUCUUGGUGUAGCUUCACUUGCAAUUUUCAGGCAUUGUAGGAACUUUGGCAAUGGCCAAGGGGUUCUUGAGGAUUUUAUUGUUCUUUUUGUCCAACUUUGGUGAACCACUUAUUAACUA